AUGGGUAUCAAGCAGCUCUUCCAGAUCAUCAAGGAGGAGGCUCCGGAGUCGAUCAAGGAGGGCGAGAUCAAGAAUCAAUUCGGUCGCAAAGUCGCCAUUGAUGCGUCAAUGAGCAUCUACUCCUUCCUCAUCGCCGUGCGCUCCGAUGGCCAGCAGCUCAUGAACGAGAGCGGCGAGACGACGUCACACCUGAUGGGCAUGUUCUACCGCACGCUCCGCAUGGUCGACAACGGCAUCAAGCCCCUCUACGUCUUCGAUGGCGCCCCGCCCAAGCUCAAGUCGGGCGAGCUCGCCCGCCGAUACAUGCGCAAGCAGGAGGCCACCGAGGGUCUCGAGGAGGCCAAGGAGACGGGCACCGCCGAGGAUGUCGAGAAGUUCUCGCGGCGGACGGUGCGCGUCACCAAGGAGCACAACGCAGAGUGCCAGCGCCUGCUCAAGCUCAUGGGCAUCCCCUACAUCAUCGCCCCGACCGAGGCCGAGGCCCAGUGCGCGGUGCUGGCGAGGGCGGGCAAGGUGUACGCCGCGGCGAGCGAGGAUAUGGACACCCUCUGCUUCGACGCGCCCAUCCUGCUCAGGCAUCUUACCUUUAGUGAGCAGCGCAAGGAGCCCAUCCAGGAGAUCUUCCUGGACAAGGUGCUCGAGGGCUUGAACAUGGAGAGGAAGCAGUUUGUCGACCUCUGUAUCUUGCUGGGCUGCGAUUACCUCGACCCCAUCCCCAAAGUCGGCCCCAACACCGCCCUCAAACUCGUCCGCGAGCACGGCACACUCGAGAAGAUUGUCAAGUACAUAAAGGAGGACCCCAAGCAGAAGUACACGAUUCCCGACGACUGGCCGUACGAGGAUGCGCGCGACCUCUUCUUCACCCCGGACGUCCGCCAGGCCGACGACCCGGAGUGUGACUUCAAGUGGGAGAAGCCGGACAUCGAGGGCCUCGUCCAGUUCCUCGCGAUCGAGAAGGGCUUCUCGGAGGACCGCGUGCGGUCAGGCGCCGCCAGGCUGGAGAAGAACCUCAAGAGCUCGCAGCAGGCGCGCCUAGAGGGCUUCUUCAAGCCGAUUCCCAGGACGGCCGAGGAGCAGAAGGCGCACAAGCGCAAGCUGGAGGAGAAGAACGAGGAGAAGAAGAAGAAGCUCAAGGAGGAGAAGAAGGAGAAGGCCAAGGCCAAGGCGAAGCCCCGCGGGGCGUAG